AUGGAGGGACUAGUUCCGGUGAAAAGUGCUGGACAGAGACUUCCGGUUAGAGUGGUUUCACCUUCUCUGUACCGGUGCAUCGGUUCCGUCUCAAUCAGACGUUCGGUUUCAGGUUUUGCCAUGGACAGGAGGAUCGAUUCAAGGUCUCCGUCGCUUUUCGCGAUCCGGUCUCAACAGACGGAUUUGAAGGAAAGUUUAGCUUCUUCUUCGGUAGAAAAUGAUCUUAGAAUCAAGGAAUGGGAAGUUGAGAUGUAUCAGAAUGAAAUAGCUAUUAGCCAAGGUAUAAGGAUAAGGAGAAAACCACCAAGCAAGGCUCCAUUGGGAUAUUCUGGACCAUUUGAGCUGAGAUUACAUGACGAACAAGAUGCUGAUUCUCCCAGUAACAUCUUGGAGGAGAUUACAUGGUACAAGGACGAAGAAGUUUCCCGGAUGAAGGAACUAAACCCACUUGAGGCGUUGAAGAAAGCUGUAGAGAAUGCUCCUCCUACUAGGGAUUUUGUCGGGGCGCUUAGGAUGGCUCAUCAAAGAACCGGUUUCCCUGGUUUGAUCGCUGAGGUUAAGAAGGCUUCUCCAAGCAGAGGAAUUUUGAAAGAGAAUUUUGACCCGGUCGAGAUUGCUCAAGCUUACGAAAGAGGCGGUGCCGCGUGUCUCAGUGUUUUGACAGACCAGAAGUAUUUCAAGGGAGGCUUUGAAAACUUGGAAGCUAUAAGAAGCGCUGGUGUGAAGUGUCCUCUAUUAUGCAAAGAGUUUGUUGUAGAUCCAUGGCAGAUCUACUAUGCUCGAGCUAAAGGCGCUGACGCAGUAUUGCUUAUUGCUGCUGUGUUGACUGACCUGGAAAUAGCCUACUUGCUUGAGAUCUGCAAGAAGCUUGGUUUGUCAGCUCUCGUUGAGGUACACGAUGAGAGAGAGAUGGGUCGUGUUCUUGGAAUAGAAGGGAUCGAGCUUGUUGGCAUCAAUAACCGAAGUCUUGAAACAUUUAAAGUGGACAUUAGUAAUACAAAGAAGCUUCUUGAAGGAGAGCAUGGUAGACAAAUCCGUGAGAAAGACAUGAUUGUGGUUGGUGAAUCCGGUCUGUUUACUCCUGAUGAUAUUGCUUAUGUACAAACCGCUGGAGUUAAAGCGGUUUUGGUUGGUGAGUCCAUUGUGAAGCAAAGCGACCCUGAGAAAGGCAUAGCUGGACUUUUUGGCAAAAACAUAUCACAUAAAAACCGGCUCACCUAA